CCCCCCACGGGCUUUUAGUCCUAUUUAUCCAAAAUUAAAGACAGAAGGCAAAUUCCCUGUAGAAUAUCACGUGGUCUGAAUUGGGAGCCAUAAAAAAGGUCUAUUGAGGACACUAUUUUUAUGUCCGAGCCACGCGAAGGUCUGGCUUUUUGCAUUUCUCAGUUAUUUUUAGUAGACCCCGAGUAUUGAUCCGGUCCCGGUAAACGAACUCCGGAGUCCGCUCUUCACUGAUCAAGCGUUCUACCACUGUAGUCCUCCCGCGACGAAAUGGAACCACAGGUAUCCCAAGCUCACGAGAGUUUGAAUUGUUGUUGCGUAACAGGGGGUCAAAAGUUGUAAUAAAAAUACAUCAUGAUCAGAAUUUCUUACCUCGUCUCCUUGUCUAAAUUUAUGGUGUUUUCUUAGCAUUUUUGGCCUUCAGGGCCCGCUGGAAUCGCCCUAAAACGGCCUCAAAUGCUAAGAAAAGGUCAGAAAUCUCCGUAAAUUUAGACAAGGACACAAGGUAAGAUAUUCUGAUGUAUCUUUAUUACUAUUUUUGACCCCCUAAAUUACGAUGGCUUUAAUCUCAAUACAGACUCUCAAAAUACUUCUGUUACGUACCAACGAUUCUCAUUCGUGAGCUUGGGGUACCUUUGAAUGGAACUAACACUCUUAUCAUCUUGAAUGCGGUUUAUACUUACCUAGCAAUGAUGAAUUUUGUUUUCCUUUUCAGCGCUUUACAUGAGGGAGACUUGUUUACCUGGAAACAAACUCAACCCUCAACUGCUGUUGACCGGAGAUCAAGGAACGCUAAAGAGCCCUAUGAAGUACUACCCACCUAACUUGUAUUGUAGAUGGUCCAUCAAAGUACCAGGGGAAAAGCCAGUAGAGCUCACCUUUAAGAGAAUAGAUACUGCUAGAAGCUGUACUGACUGGGACCACGCCAAACAUAUAUGCCUGUCUUACGAAUGUGAAGACUAUGUGGAGGUGCAGUGGGUGGAGAGGAACUACACAAUGGUUAGAAAAAAAUACUGUGGUUUCUUGUAUAAAGCCAAGGACAAAUAUCACAAAUUGCCAGAUGCCAUUAUCUCGACUAAUGGGAGUUUGACGGUGAUUUUUUCAUCAAACGCCAAGGCCACGGGGAUUAAACACAGCGGUUUUGAGGCUACUUUCAAAGUUGUGGAUCCAUCAAACGGUAGGUAGAUUGAUUAAACAGUCUGAAAUGCAGUUAUAAACCUGAUAACUCGAAUGCUGAAGGGAAACGAAAAACAAUUCGAGUUAGCGGAGUUCGAGCUACCAGAUUUAUUGAAUAUUUUAGUUUGCCAAGUUAAUUGAUAGUUACUGAGUAGACUUUUAAUUACAUCAGCUGUAUAGUACAAUGCAAUUCAGAAACGGUAACAUGAUUUUGCAUUUUUAUGAUAAAACUUUGUUACACCAGUUAAACUUAAUUGCUGUAUAGUGUUCUUUUUCGUGUUUUUACAUAUUUUUCAACUAAAAGGUUUAAUGGGAUGGCAUCCUACAGGAGUUACAAGAACCAGAAUUCAAAUUAUCAGGGUAAAUUUCAGGGAAAUGUUGAUCAAGGGAAAGGAAAUUUAGAUUAAGCCAGCGAGGAAUUAGAGUUAUCUGAUGGGAAUUCCUUUGGAGGUCGAGAAUUUUUUAUCGUUUGAGAAAUUUUUGUCGAUCGAACAUUUUUCAUUUGGGAGUGAUGAUUUUUUAUCGAUGGAGAAUUUCUUCAUCGAUGGAGAAUUUGUUAAAACGAUCCAGAAUUUCGUCACCGAUCGAGAAUACAUUUUUUUUUUAUUGGAGUCAGUACUGGUCAACAGUCUCUUUUGGCGCCAUUACACAACAGACAAGAUAUAAAGGCAAAUAAUUUUAUUUUGGGACGGCUUGGCAAGAAGCAACCCUGCAAAGUUCAUAUAUGUAAACUAAUACAGCAGUAGGUAAAUAACUAAUGUACAACAAUCGUAAACUAGCUUUCACAAAAGAAAGAACUGCUACAAUUGGUCGAUCUCGACCUGAAUCCUCCGAUUAAGCACGCAGGCCAGUUAAGCCCCCAGUUAGGCUGGGAAACUAAUUAAAACCCGGAUCAACGAGUAACUGGGACAGGGUACACUGUAGGACCACAGAGGCUGAGCACAGGGAAAAAACUGAGAAUCGUUCACUAAUGUACCCAACAAGGCACGUAGGCCAAUUGGUUCAGGGACAGCUGACAUAAGCAUAAAUAGAAACUAAAUACAUUAAAAAUCAAUGAUUUAUUUCAUAUACAUCCAUCAUAAAUAUAUUAAGUCAGUGAAGGAACAGGUGCACAACUGUGAUAACCGUACGAGUACAUAGGGUAAGAGACGCGGAAAUGCUGAAAACUAGCAGAGCUGAGCUACCGCUUACAACGGGAACAAAUGCGGUCAGACGGGGGCCAGAAAAAACCUGAAAAAAAUCCUGAAGGGAAAAAGUGCGGGCAGGAAAUCUGGGUAGGGACCAAGGUUCAAGCUCGAAGCCCUUCCUACGGGACCUUACAAUGUAUUCGAGAAUAGACUGCUCCUAAAAUAAAACAAAAAAUUGACAAUAACCAAAGGAAGGCUGGUUCAGAAGCCUAGAUGACGUACACGCGAUAUACACAGCCUUAUAUACCCCCGGUAUAACAAACCAUGGUGCAGCUGGCCUAGUACAGGGGCACUGUUGUAUCUCGUGCUGUCAAAAUAUUUUUUUCUGCCUUCUUCGCGGGCUCAUUCGUCAGAAAUAACAUUUGCCUAUAAUAUGUGAUUCACCAUUUUAACAUAGACCAUAAUGCACCUUGUUUACCCCCCAAAAUUCUGCAUAACCAUUGUUUCUAAUUUUUCCUGGGUGUUACAGUCGUCCCUAGAGAAAUCGAAGACAAUGGUUAUGCAAACUUUUGGGGCGUAAACAAGGUGCAUUAUGGUCUAUGUGAAAAUGGUGAAUUGCCCAUAAUGGCGGAGGUGUUGAGACUGUUGCUUGUCGUCUUGUUACUUAAUUAGGAUUUUGUUAGAGCACACAGUGAAGAUUUAAAGAUGGGUUAUCGCUGUUAUCGGAGGCGCUACUCUCUUCUAUUUACGAAACACAUUCUUGAAGAGAUACGAAAAAGUUUUCAAAAUCUUCAUCGUGUGCUAUAACAAAAUUAUAAAUGGAGAAAGGAAGGGAUGAACCUUCUCACUGACACUUUAUGCGAACCGGUCGCGUAGUUGUAGACUACCAUAUAUGAAGAAAAGGGUAUUGCUUAGUUUCUUUUCAAUCUUUUACAUUACGUUAUUUUGUGAUUGCAGUCAUACGUAACACCAUUCAAACUACCCUUCAACUUUACAGUACCCCCUCCCCCAGGCUGCACCCUCUCUGACAAAUUCCAUGAAUUGUUAUCAUUUUGCUUUCGACAGGUAAGACAAGGAAGAUGGCAAUCGGCGUGAGUGUUGGCGUAGUGAUGCUAAUUGCACUCGUUACCUCCAUUGUCUGCUUCGUUAGACGGAGAAAGGCCCGUGCGUUAAGUAACCAAUUGACCACGCCGUUGACUAGAGCUAAUGCAGGAGAUACCGGUCAUGUUACCGCAAUGGAAACGAGAAAUAAUUCAAGAGAUACCAGUCUUGCUGCCACAAGAGCAAUCACUACUGCAUCCUAUGGGACACAAACUUCACCUCUAUCCCCUCAGGCAACAGGGCAACAUUCAGUAAACCUCAGUCCAUCGAUGAACUCUGUGUCACUUCAAAAAAUACCAUCAGGACCACCACCAGCGUACCCAGGUUCACCCGACUCAUCACCACCCUACCCAGGAAUUGUUGAAGUUCCGCAAUAUCCCCCUCCGGGACAAUCCUAUCCAUGGGAGCAAAGGCCCCAGCCGUCUGCUCCGCCCCCAAGACCUUGA